UAUCCAGCACACAAUUCUCACACACAUUCACCAGAUCACAACCGCUUCGAAGCACAGGCACAAAACACCAAGCAUCACCAAUGGCUCACUACCAGGAGGUGGACUACUGCUCGGAGGAGGUGAAGUCGGUGGCCGCCGGCGGCCCUGCCGGCUUUGGUCGCCAUCAUGGCGGCCACGGCGGCGUCCAGCAGCACGUCGUCAAGGAGAAGUUCGAGGAGGUCGACAGCGUCUCACGCGCCGGCGGCGGCCGCCACGGCCACUUCGAGGCCCGCGAGUCCAAGUUCGAGGAGGACGUCAACACCCGCACCGGCGAGUUCCACGAGCGCAAGGAGAACUUCGUCGUCAAGGCCGACAACUGACCAGCUUCUUCGCGCGGGCUCGAUCGACGCACGUAUCAUGAUCUGAACGACCUGGACUGGACCCUGAGGCACGUACGUAUAUGUGUAUGUACGUACACGUACGUACGUACGUGUCUUCUCCAUAUACGUAUGUAUGACGACUGUAUAUGUGUGUACUCACUUCGCGAGCGUGCGUGCAUGUACUCUGUACGCAUGCAGCCCUGUACGAACGACGUAAAAAUAAGCUCGUGAUCUGAAUAAAGCAGGUUCUCCGUGCUGUAAAAAGCUGUGUUGCGCCAACAUGACAUGGAGUGAUGAACAUGCGAUUUGUGAUGUGGA